GGUGUUCCCUGAGAGAGGCCGUGGGAUCACCACUAAUCUUCCACUUGCUGCACUCUGUAACUCUAAUAGGAAGAACCAGAGGUUUGGCUGUCCUUAUUGUGGCCAUAUGAGUCGUGACUCCUAUGAUCUCAAGAAACAUAUUCGUACACAUACUGGGGAAAGACCGUAUGCCUGUCCACACUGUUCCUUUCGUACAAAGGAUAGCAGUACCCUCAGAGACCAUUGCCGAACUCACACACGAGAACACCGUUACAACUGUGCACACUGUUCAUACCGUACCAAUAAAAGUAGUGACUUUAAAGUUCAUUUAUUGAAGCACGAUCAAACACUUAUAAAUGUUGAAUGUUCAGAGGACUUACCGGAAUGAAUGUAUAUUUAUGUAUUUAUUUAUUUAUUUAUUUAUUUAUGAAAUAUCAGUGUGACUAAAGUUCAGAUUCUUACUGAAUUUUCUCAUAUUUUAUAAUUUUUUCCGUUGAUUUGAUUGUUACAAGCCUAUUAUGUGGACUAAUGAUAAGAUAAUACAAAUACAGCUUUUGAUGUUUAGCAAGAUUAGGAUGGUAUUAAUCUCCCUCCAUGUCAAAUUUUCAUACUCAUUACUAUUUCAAGGAGACGGGAAAACUGUAAGCCUUUAGUUUUUGUUUGAAAAGAGGCAAGAUUUUUAAGGCUGGUGCAAAUAUUCAUGAAGAGAUGUGGUUUGCUUGAGUUGUUGCAAAUUUGAAAGCAUUAGUAUAUAAUUUGGAUAGGGAGGGGUCAAAAAGAAGUAAGAUACCUUCUCUUUUCAUUAUAGGACUGUGGAGAUGGUCGAGUGCCAACAGUCUGCUCCUCAAGAGCAGGGCAGGGUAUGGAGGGGGGAGCGAUGUUGGCUGAUGGAACUAAAGCUGUGAUCUUCAUGAAAGUUUGCUCUACCUGUGGCUACGUCUCUAAGGAUAUGUGUGACCUUCGAAAGCACAUCAGAAUCCACACAGGCGAAAAGCCAUAUGUGUGUUUAUAUUGUCCUUAUCGGUCAGCUCA